GUACCGUUGUGUUUCGCGAGGAGCAGAGAGAGACGUCCGUGUCUCGGAGGAUUGUGAACUCUGAAGUCGCGAAUCGGCCAACAGUUCAAGAAGAGUAAUCUCCGAGGUUUGUUGUGUGAUUUUUUCUAGCGAGCGACGACGAUGAUGAUGAUGAUGCACUCUGUGAUGUGGUGCUUUGAGUGAGGAAGAAGAAAAUCGUCCAUAAGAAUUUUGAAUAGUGGAAAUUGCACCGAAAAAUUUUGUCCCGGCAAAGACGCGAUCCGUUGUGGGCUUCUGGAGGAAUGUGUUUGUCCGAUGAUAUGGCCGGUUUGCAUCGAUUCGCGUAGUUUUUGUCAUGAAAAUAAGUGGCUAAUGGCUGGUGCUGGCUUUGGGUGGAUCAAGUGAAAAUAUUGUUCUGUGUUUGGGAAUACCUACGGUUUGUGUUGCAACCUCCCGGAGUGUGGAAAGAAGGAAAAAGAAUCGAAAAUAGUUUGCGUGAAUACAAGCGAGAAUAGUGUUUUUCCCUGCCAGCCACAUCCGAGAGAAGCUGAAAUUGAUUGAUUUGCGGUACCGAAAAGAUUAGCGAAAAAUCGAAGAAACUCACGAGUGCGAUCCAUUUCUAGAGUCCCGGAUCUUAAUUCGCAAAACAUCCCGACCCGUAGUGUGUUCCGUGCUCGCCUGCCUGGCAAUUUGCCUCCUGUUGGUGUAAUUUAAUUCUUAUCUCCGUUUUUUCUUUCGUUUGAGUUAAGCCUAGUGGAGAGGCUGUUUUUGUGGGCAAAAGGUUUUUGCGAUUGCUGCCGUUUUUGUGUUCGUUCGACUGCGCCUUUGGAGGAAUAAUCGCACACAAAGAGCUUCAACCGCGAUCUAGUGUCGUCAUCCCAGUGCAAAUUGAGUGCAGCUGCUUCCAACCUGCCCUCGCGGGUGCUUGAGCAAAUCUUUGUGAUUCCGAGACAACGACGGACGGUGACAACAACAACGGGAGUUACAAAUAAGUCGCUUCCAACAGUGUUUCCUUGUUUGGCUCUAGGGAGGCCAAAGUCUCUGUGACCGUGAAAUAUCGAUACGAAGCGUCUCUGUUCCUGGGUUCUCGUUCCCUGAUGGGAUAGGGAAUCGGUUAACUUUUCGGCGAAGAGAGUGUGUAUAUAGUGUUAGAACCGGAUAGACCAUGGAUUGGAUCAUCAAUGACGAGCUGGGCCUGACGGUUGGCCACGUCGUGGGCUAUGUGUCCGCCUCGUUUAUGGUCGUCGGCGGAGUGCUUCCGUACGUGCCCCAGUACAAGCAGAUCAAGAAAACCCAGGAUCCGGAGGGCUUCUCGCUGCACGUCUGUCUGGCCCUGCUAAUUGCCAACACGUUGCGGAUUCUGUUCUGGUUCUCCAGCCGGUUCGAGAUUCCUCUGCUGGUGCAAAGUGUCGUCAUGAACAUAACCAUGUUCAUAAUGAUCCACCUGUGCGUUACGGUGCGACGUAACAAUGCCAUCAUGCGGACGCGAGAACGUGUGUUCUCAGGAGACGAAACGCUGCUGGAAGCCCGGGAGUCUAUUAAUAAGGCCAUUGAAGAGCACACCAAGAGCGAUGGCGUAAUUAGCAAUCGAGCUGCGGUGACGACGACGACGGCGACAACAACAACUGUAGAUGGCGCUACCGGGACAGGGAAGUUGGCCAACAGCACCAGUAUCGGGAUUGGGUCCACCUUACCCACCCAUCACCCAUCGGUGGGUGGCAUGCCGGGAAGUCUGAAGAAAUCUCGAUCCCGGCACUACAUCGUCGAUUUCGACUCGCGGUACUUCUGGAACUGGACUGACUUCCAGUCGUACCUGGACUUUAUGCUGGUGGUGUGGGUUGUUGGAGCGGCCGUCACCUACCUAAUGUUGUCCGUGACUUGGUUCAUGGAAUCCGUGGGCUUCCUCGCCGUGUUCACCGAGGCAAUGUUAGGUGCUCCGCAAUUUCUUAGAAACUAUAGGAAUAAAUCAACACACGGCAUGAGCAUCUGCAUGGUGAUCAUGUGGACCGCCGGUGAUAUGUUCAAGACUGGUUACUUUAUCUUAAGGAAUGCACCGACGCAGUUCUGGAUCUGUGGCACGCUGCAGGUCAGCCUCGAUCUUGCCAUCCUGCUGCAAGUGUACAUAUAUCGGAAAAAUCCUCCCCGCAGCACCCAUCGCGGUGACUAGCAGUUUGCCCCUCAAAAUAUUCAAAACGGUACCAGCAACAACAAUAACAUCAACAGCAAUCACCACCACCAAACCAACUCCGGCACUGCGACAAAGAUCAACAGCUACACCCAAACGGGUCCAAUGCCCACCCAGCGCACCAGCUCAAUUCUGGGCAACGCCAAAAUCAACCGUUCGUCGGGUCCAUCAGCCGUGAUGGCCUACUCGUCUUCCCCGGCGGCCUCGUCCUUCUACAGUUCCAUGAUGCAAACGGAAAGUUCAGUAUCGCUUAAAUCCACAGUGACUCCCCAUCGACACAAAUCGGGCUCCCGGUUCCACCACUCAAAGUCUCACUCAAUCUCCGGCUCUAGGGAAGCUACUCCGGUGCGAGUGGUGGGAGUCCCCAGCCGAAGAGCCAACUCGGAACGGUUUGAUCGACAGAAGACUGCCUCGCUGCCCCUGCCCAAGCGACGACAGCUCAGUUUGAGUGCCAAUACCUCCGGCGAUCCUGCGGGAGAUGACGAGAUUGUUGAAGGAGAGCAUGAGACUGUUGGGCAGACGGGGCGAAGAGGACGAGGCAACGUUCUCAGCGAGGACGUGUACAAUUUGAGCAGUCUGGGAGACAACUGUUCGUUUGUAACAAUCACCGGGAAUGCUUUCAGCAAUCGUCGAGAUUCCAAUUGUACGUUAAAUAGCAAUAGCUACAAGGAGCAGUACAUUCUAGGUAGUAACUAUAACAAUAAUAUCAACCGUCACAGCCAGGAGCAUUACGACUCGAUGCUGUUGUCGUCAACAGCGGUGCGGCUCAAGGAUAAGGAUGAUGGCCAUGAGUCGGCAGGAAUGGUAGAACAUCUGGUUGUCCCUAGGAAAGGGCAAGAAUGUGAAGUUAGUUUGGAAGUUAAGCCGCACCACUAUGAAACGAAUUCAAAGUCCCUGGAGGAUAUUUUAUGACGACACGCAGCACUGGUCCUGUGGCCAGUGCUGAGACACGAGCAAAUAGCGAAGCUUGAAUCGGAAACCGAUUCCAAGCAACACCGUUCGGCGACAUCGACCAUAUCAAACAAUGAAUCUCGCACGAUGAGGUCAGCCGAGACGCAAACCGAACUGCUAGAAUGCAGCGGGGAUGAGGGAGCCAGCAGCGAAGACGCCGGAAGUGCUAUUGACGAUGAACUUGAAGUGAUCUCAACGCGUCCUCCGACCGAGGAAGCAACAGGUGCUGUGCAAAAAGAUGACAACGACGACGAGGAUGAAUACGACGAUGACGAUAUUCUCGGAGAGCAUGCUAAGCUGAAGACCAUCAAACGGUUGAACUGUACCAACCUGUUCAACUUCAACAAGCUGGAACUGUUGAACGAACGCUGCUCGGUGGUUUCCACUGGGCAACAGCAAAUCAGCGACAGCAGUCGGAAUCUAUGCGAGCACGAGAUGCACGUGGCCAUCGACGAAGAACUAGAACAGGCCGCGGCAGCAGGAGAGGGAAAACGGACUAAGGAAGAGUCGACUGGUUCCAGCAGUGCGAUCGUCUUCAUCCAGGAAAGUCCAGAAGUGAUAUUAUAGCAGUGGCAUUUCUCUUUUUAUUUAAGAGUCGUUAUUUAUUUUUAGAACUGCAUAUAGAAAGAGAAAUAUUAUUGUUAGUGAGACUUAAUUUCUUUCUUCCUGUGUGAAUGCUUGAGGGGAGCGGUGAGCGAGUGUGCCAAUGAGCGAUCGAGUCUUACCUUAAAUUGUAUAGAGGUGAUCUAUUUUUGUACCAAAAAUCAACCAUUCAACAACAAAGAUGAAAAAAUUUAGAUAUUUCCUAGAAAAUCUACAUAUUUAGAAGGACAAUUAUGAAUUGACCCACAAGUUGCUAGGCGAACGUGAAAAAACUAAUGCGCUUGAAAAGUCACAAACCCAAUAACGGUGUUGGUUCCGUUGGGGCUCAUCCCACGGCUGGGGGUUUCUCCUAAACGAUCCACUUUGAAAUCCACUACUUUACCCCCCACACUCAUCCAGAAAUGCAAAUCCACUACAUGUUUUACC